ACGACGUCAAGCUUCGCAGUCAGCGCAACAGCAACAGAAGCUCUACAUUCUCCGUCCACUAUCCAAGUCGUCGCCAUUCAAUAGGCCUAUAUACCCAUCAUGCCGGCCUACCACUCCGUCUUCCUCGAUGAGCCGAAUCAGCAACUAAUCGGCAACUUCGCCCUGCUCCCACUCCGAACCCGCACGCGCGGCCCCGCAAUGCAACUCCCACCCCUCCCCGCCGAUGUAACCGACCUCACCAUCGACGCCUCACACGAGUCCUACGACCCGCUAGACGAGAUACUAUCCCUCUUCCGCGCCAACACCUUCUUCCGCAACUUCGAGAUCAAGGGCCCCGCGGAUCGCGUGCUGAUUUACGGCAUUCUAUAUGUGAGCGAGAUAUUAGGGAAGAUCAAGCCGGGAAUGAGUCGGAGGGAUGCGGAGAAGUCCGUCACAAACGUCGCCCUAGACACCAACUUCCCCAUCCCCGGCGACGCCUCUUUCCCCCUCAACCAAGCCUUCGAGGCACCCCGCGACCGGAACCAGGCAGAGCAGCUACGGCAGUACAUAAUGCAGAUGCGGCAGGAACUAGCACAGCGGUUGUUGGGCCGCGUGUACGCGGAUGGCGCGACGACGCCGAGCAAAUGGUGGCUGAGCUUUACGAAGAGGAAGUUUAUGGGCAAGGCAUUGGAGGGAAGUCGGGAUUAGCGCUGCGUACGAUUGUUGAGGGGCCAUAAAGCUGCCGAGGGUUAAGCUGAGACCGCGGAAGGAAGAAGACGAUACUGCUUAAGCUGAGACGAGUCUGGAGAUCGAAGAACACGGCUUCCGGAUGCAGAGAAGGCUCACACAACACUCUGCAGGCUGGAAUGAAGCCGACUACAUCAAAAUUCAAGAGCGGAAUACUACAACUUCUAACUAUUCAGUGAACCAUCGCAAGACGUACCAAUCAAUUGAACCGGAAGCCGGUACAU